CUAGAAGAAGAGUGAAUUUGAUGCACAAGGAAGCCUUGUAGCAUUCUCAUUUUGAUUUUGCCAAGAAAAGUCGAGGAAAUUUAUUUUGUUCAACACUUAUAUCUGCUCCUCCAUACCACACAGCGAUCCUGAUUCACCCCCGCAGUGAAAAAAGUUGGAAUAUAAAGAAGAACAACACCCAGUGUAACCACUGAAGUCUACUGACAUACUAUUGCAAAAAUGAAGUCUGUUAAAGAGGAACAAAGAGACUCAAUUGAAGUGAAUGAGAAAACUCAAGAACUGAAUGACGUGGAGGAGAAACUUCAUGAUCAAACAUUUGAUCAUUUCAUGACUAGUGAAGAACCUUUUAUUGUCUCAAAGACUGAAAUUAUUUUUUCACAGAAAAGAACUCGAAAAGCAAGAGACAAAAAUUCUUUCACCUGCUCUCACUGUGGAAAGAGUUUUGCAUGUAAUGCAGAUAUUAAGCGUCACAUGAAAAUCCACACUGGAGAGAAGACUUUCACCUGCCUUCAAUGUGGAAAGAGUUUUACAUAUAAGGGAGAUCUUAAGCGCCACAUGAGAAUUCACACUGGAGAAAAGCCUUACACAUGCUCUCACUGUGGAAAGAGUUUCACACAAAAAGGAAACCUUAACACUCACUUAACAUUUCACACUGGAGAGAAGCCAUUCAACUGCCCUCAGUGCGGAAAGAGUUUUGCAAAUAAAGGAGAUCUUCAGCAUCACAUUAGAAUUCACACUGGAGAGAAACCUUUCACCUGCCUUCAGUGUGGAAAGAGUUUUGCACUAAAAGGAGAUCUUAAGCGUCACAUGAGAAUUCACACCGGAGAAAAGCCUUUCACCUGUUCUCAAUGUGGAAAGAGUUUCAUACAGAAAGGAAACCUUGACUCUCACUUAACAUUUCACACUGGAGUGAAGCCUUUCACCUGCCCUCAGUGCGGAAAGAGUUUUGCAUAUAAAGGAGAUCUUCAGCGUCACAUUAGAAUUCACACCGGAGAGAAACCUUUUACAUGUCUUCAGUGCGGAAAGAGUUUCACACAAGCAGGCAAUCUUAAACUUCAUCUGCAAAGUCAUUCUGGAUCAAGGCUAUUUAACUGUGAUCAGUGUGGCAAGACAUUUACGCUGGCAUCACAUUUAAAGUUACACCUGGCAACUCAUGCAAAUGAGAAGCCUCACGUAUGUUCUUUUUGUGGAAAGAGUUUUGCACAUAAAGGGAAUCUUAAGCGUCACCUGAGAAUUCACUCCGGAGAGAAACCUUACAGCUGCUCUCAGUGUGGAAAGAGUUUUGCAAAUAAAGGAGAUCUUAAGCAUCACAUGAGAAUUCACACUGGAGAGAAGCCUUACACAUGCCUUCAAUGUGGGAAGAGUUUCAGCCACUCAAGCAAUCUCGCACUUCAUCUGCACUAUCACUCUGGAUUAAAGCCAUUUAACUGUGAUCAGUGUGGCAAGAAAUUUACAUUGGCAUCACAGCUGAAGAUACACCUGGCAACUCAUGCAAAUGAGAAGCCUCACGUGUGUUCUAUUUGUGGAAAGAGUUUCAAAACAUUAGCACACCUGAAAUCACAUGAGAGAGUGCAUAAUGGAGAGAAGCCAUACCACUGCACUUCAUGUGGGAAGAGUUUCACUCAAUUAAGUAGUCUGCAGACUCAUUUAAAAAAGCGUUGUCCAAAACUGUCAUAGUGAGCAAUGUUAAUUUUAGGGCCAAAUGUGUUAAAUGUAAUACAAUGUCAGUCAGUUCCCUAGAUCCGGUGGCUGUCGAUUGAAAGUAAUAACAUAAAUAAAUAAGAGAAACAAAUGUAGCACACUACUGUUCUCACUGAGAGGACAGAAGUAAGUUUCAGAUAUUUUGAAACAUUUUGUAUUAAUUGGUAAUUAGCUCUUAACCCUUGUGCGUCAAUAAAAAAAAAAGUUACUCGGAAAUCCUUCGAGGACAAAAAUUUCCACGUCAGAAAACUGCCAUAAUAAUAUUAUAUAUGAAUAUAUACACAGUCCUGAUCAAAACUACCAAAUAUUCAUUCAUUUUCAGGGUUUUAACCCUUUAAAUGCCAGUUUAUGUAAUGCCACUGUUGUUUUUUAUGAAAAAAACACAAAAAUGAAUUAUUUUCCAAUUACUAAAUGCUAAGGGGAGAAUAUUAUUUUUACUAUCACAGUCUGGGAUAUAUCAAUGAUUAGCAACAACACUGAUUUUGAUGCAUUAUCAUUUUUUGUGCAGUGUCAGAUUUAGAAAAAACUCAGGACCUUAGAACAGUGGUUCCCAACCAUUUUUCCAGUGGACCCCUAUUUUAACAUUCAAAAUCCGAACACCCCCCCACCCUCUCCCCGAAUUAAAUAACUGACAUGAGCAACAUAUUCAUUUAUUUGUUGAAUGAACUGAAUGAUUUUCCUUGUAACACGAGAAUAGCAAUGCAUUGGAGGAGAAAUCACUAAUGUACAAAUGUAUUCAUUUUACUUAACCGAUAAAACUUGGAAAUAUAAAACUAAUAAUUUAAGAACAGUAAUAUUGUGGGAUGGGAUAUUCACCUAAUAAGUUAUAUGCGUAUUUAUGAUAUUUAUUGUGAGCUCUAGUUCUGGGGUAUAUUUUGAUAGUACAGGUUUUCCCAAAGGAAAAACUCCCUGGGUUUACCCACCAUCUGAGGGUGUUUGGUGCUCUGAUGGCUCUUCAGUACGAUAUGAAGGAACAUAGCUAUAUGCGUUAAGUUGUUGGAUAUACCAAAUAUACAGAAUUUUGUUGGGGGGGACUGUCUAUUCCAGAGAACACAAACAUAGUUGUCUUUGUUCCAAAUUGCAUGUAGACUGCGUAUAAUAUAUGGUUUUUCCAGUAGCUACAUAUCCACAAAUGUGACACGCUCCAUUAUUUUAACCAGAAGAAGUGUUAUGGAGAAACUCUAUUUUAGUCUCAGCCUUCAAAUUAUGUCAGUUUUAUCGUGAAAUCCAAACAAUAAAUAUUGGCAGCUGCACAUUCAAACGGAGUGGCACAACACUCGCUCUCAAAUGUAGCAUGAAAAAAACAUGAAUGAAUAUCAGAGGUUAUAUUGAAAGAGUACAGUACAACUUACUCUAAUGUGUCAUAUCUCUUGUAAUAGGCAAUCUGUUAAUGUUGAAAAGACAUGGAUAAUAUCUUAUACUUUUCCAUUAGCGCUCAAGCCCUGGAGUACUCAAUCGUGUGCCCAUUCUAUUCAUUCAUGUUUCAUUUGCUAGUCUUUCACCACAAAUCACACACUCAAUUUGCACUUUGUCCAUUGCCUCAGUGAAACCAAAUUCAAUUCAAAUAAAUCCAAAUAAACAGUAAUAAAUAAAAACCAAAGAAAUCCUUAUUUUCUUUUUACCACUUAUGUUUUUCUCUUGUCCCUGAUGCUUUGCCAUAGUCAUUGCUUUUGUUUGGCUAGCUAGUCUGCUCUUAUCGUUGCUCAGUACUGUACAUAGAACAAGCAAUUUUGCAGCAUCUUUAAAAAAAAAAAACUGUGUCCAUACCUACCCUCGCGAGAUGCGCACUUUAAAAAACAGCCUGAUACUGUAUAUAUUGUCUUUUCAUAUAUCUCAUAAACAAGUAUAUAUUAUUAAAAUACUCAAAAAUAGCCCUAUUUGAUUGUGCUUUAUUCCAAAAAUAAUUGUAACUUUUUCACACAUUCAGUUAGCUUGGCGACCCUAGUUUUUUUACACACACACACACACACAAAAACACACUCUGACAUCCAUACCAACACUCCCACACAAUUUUAGCUAUAUCAUUUAUUCAAUUAUAUAGAAAAUAGGAAAAAAGCAUGUAUUUGCUCCAUAGGCUAAACAUAAGAAAAAUGGCGCCAUUUGGUGUAAAAAUUACAAAUUAAAAUUUUGAAGCCAGGGCUCCGGAAUGAAAGCAACAUAAUAUCAUAGAAUUCAUGAUUUUAUGCUUUAUUGGCACUGGGAUUAAAUAUUGCCAUUUUAAUGGGUUUCAAUGGGGACAUUUUUGUCCUGGAGGUCCUGAGUGUAACUAUUUUGUGUACACAGUGUUUUAUAGAUGUUUUUAGGAACUGAGGUUGAAAUAUCAAAAUUCCCCCAAAAUACACACCUUUAGCAAAAUGUAUGCCGUUGGCAUUAACACAGCCAAAAUGAUCGAAAAAACAAAAAUGAAAAAGACAAAAAUGUCCCGAAGGUCACACAAGUGUUAAAUUACCUGAGAGGAACUCUCAUUAGCAGCCAGCAAGAAGAGCCUUUCUUCAGGAGAGAAGUACAUAAUUUCUGUUGUGGACUCUCUGCUAUGUACAUGAUCUGACAGAUACAAAUCUAACUUGAUUAGGGCUGCUAGCAGACAUGUUCACAAGUCCCUGAGGUCCAAGUCAAGUCUCAAGUCUUUCAAGGCCAAGUCUAAAGUCUUUGGUCACAAGUCCAAAUCAAGUCUUUUUUUUUUUUUUGGCAGUAGUUCUUUAUCUGCAGCUGGUUAGUUUAAUAAACCCUGAAUAAGACUAAUUCAAUUUUGAAAUAUUAAAACUGAUAACUUUAAGGGAUUGUCUUGUUUAUUUAUUUAAACUUGUUUAAAAAGUUCAUAAGGUUUUACUUUAAUCAUGGAUUUUAUUUUUUUUCAGGAAACUAUCAAUAAACUAUAAUUUAUUUUCCUUGCAUUAAAAGUGAACAGAUUUUACACAGAAGGAAAACUAUCUUUGUCCAUAAAUCUUUAGGGCUUUAAAGCCCUUUAUUCUAUUUUCCAUUUGCCCAUAUGAAAAUGUACCAUAGUUUUUUAUAGUUUAAACAGUGGUAUUUAUUUGUAACAAGACUACGGCAACCUCAGGUAAAAUCAAGCAUGGAUCUUCACUUCCAUGGUAAAAUGUAACAUGAUUUCUAUAAAACAAACUUUGGCAUUUUUGUAAAGAAAAACAGUAUCCUAAACAUUUAAAUGCUAUCGUUACGAUAAUCAAAAGAGAGUGUAAUUAACCAUGUUUUGAACACCUGUCUCUGCAAAACGUUUGCUAAACACAUUUUAUUAAUGUAAGAACUUUGACUCAUUAAUGGAUAUUAUUUAAUAAAAGUGAAUGUUUAUCACUGACUGUAAACCUCCCUGUUCUGGGUGACGUAACACCUGCAUCUCGACGAAAUGGGAGUUGAAGAUUUCCGCACGAGUUUCCAAGUUAGAAGUCCGACAUUAAGUGUCAUUCUGUUGCACUUUCACCAGUUGAAAGAAAGGUGGAAAGUCAGACUCUCCGAGUUUUAUGGAAUGCUUCAUGAAUUAUCACAGCAACAAUAAUACGGUGCAUCGCGGCUUUCCCCACAGGAGCGAACACUUGGGAAGACACAUAGCUAAAUGGAACAGAAUGCAGCGUCUUCAAAACUGAACUUGAACUUAACAUGCAUAUUAAAAAUGUGAUGGUUAUGGCAUCUCCUGUUAAGCCAACUGCAAUUUGAAAAUAGACAGUCCAGACAGUCACUAAAUUCACUGGUGCAUGCAUACUAAGAUUACUACGGUAACCUGAAGGAAGAACAGACAGACGCGCAUUGUGCAUAUUCUUUCAUUGAGUUGGGCAGCGAAUCUUCACAUAAUGACAAAAUAUGAUGCAUUACAUUUUUAUUAUGCAAUCUUUUGUACAUUUUGUAACAGUUUAUUUUAUAACAGCCUAUAAUAAUGAAUAGACGGUACACUGGAACAACAAGACGCAAUGCAGCAGCCAAAGACAUUUGUCAGACAUGUUAUUAUAUAUACAGUUAUGUACAUGUCAUUGCCCCUCGAGCUUGAGACCUGUCCGCGAGACGCAUAAGCACAGCAGCUCUGCACUCAGGCUGCUUUGUCCAUUGAUCCGGGCAGCGAAUAGUGCUGUUUCAUUCCACUUUUGAUGCGUAUGCCAUUUGAUAUCGCUUAACAGAAAAUGGCAGCGCAUAAACGGAGAGAGCGAGGGAGAGUUGGCCAAUUCUGUAGUCGCACCGGCGGGAAAAACGGUCGAAAAAUAACUAGUAUAAGUAUAUGAUUUCGAGUCCAAGUCAAGUCUCAAGUCAAUUGUUUACGAGUCCAAGUCGAGUCGCAAGUAAUUUUGUUUGCGACUUAAGUGCGACUCAAGUUUCAACUCUGGCUGCUAGCAUCACCAUGACAACCGCUGCACCGCAGUUGUAGAGUGACACCAUGGUGACAGAGUGCCAAUGGCAUUUAUGCAUGUGACGUAAAUCUAUAAACUUGUAUAAAAGACCUUGCGAAAACUUGAAAGAAACUCAUGAAAUAGUGUCAUUUAGUGAAUAAAGCCAAGUAUUACUUCAAUUGUUUUGUGGAUCCUUCAUUCUAAGGACAAUUAAUUUUCCGUUAUUUUAGAGACUUGAUUUUGCGCUACAUAGAGUAUUUUUUUUGGCAGCAGCGUAUUCACAAGAUACACACACAGCACGCAACACAAGCCAAGCGCACACCACGACUGAUCGCAGACUAGGUGUAUCAACUACAUGUCCACUCGUCCUCGACUUAAGUUACAAUUCCAAAAUUCCCUCAUAAACUCAAGCACAGGAGUUGAUUUGGGAUAAUGCCCGUUUAUGUGCUCUGUCUAGAAGUCAAGCUCUGUUGUGGAUUCGCUUCAUUGUGUUGUUUAUUUCUCAUCAUAUUUUCAUCAACAGAAAAAAAUACAUCUUCCAGAUGUAAACACACACAUCAAACAGACUUCUGGGUGAUGUACGUGUGCUAUCAGGGAACACUGCGUGUUCGGUGUGGCUAAAAACAUAACGUGCAAAAAAUGUAUAGCAUCUGACAAUUGAAAAGCUUUCAGCAAAGGUAGGACUGAACUAUUUAAUUAUUGUCUAGCUGUAUAGUGAUAUUUAGUCGUGUUGCAUUUUGGAGUUUAGCAAUAUUAACAGAAUCUGACAAUCUGGGAUGUUUUAGCUGUUGAGGUAGGCUACAUGUAUAGUGCAAUAACACUCAGAAAUGUUAAACCAAUCAGUGUUGCCCACUAUUUCUCAUGGGAAGUUGCCAAAUGCUUGCUGAAAUGUCACUAAAAGAAGUUAAAUCACUUGAUGACAUCAUUUAUUACGUAAGCCAUCAAAUUUUCAUAAGUAAACAAAUUGCUAUUAAGAGUUACAGCAAUUCCUUAAAGGUGUAUUGUUGUAUUUGUUUUUGUUUUUUUGUUGUUUUUAAUUGAACUAAUCAUUUAACGUAGUAUUUCACUACUAAUCAUUUAGCUACUAAUAUAUACAGGUGCCUGUCAAUAAAUUAGAAUGUCAUGGAAAAGUUCAUUUAUUUCA